UCCCCACCGAGCCCACAGGCGGCGCCUCGCUCGGAAGACAGGAGUGGCGGUCUACUUCUUUGUGCCACCUCCUCCCUAUGAUGCCGCCCUUCCUCUCGCGUUUGCCCUCAGCUGCUGUCGCAUCACCCGUGCCCCAGCCUCGUUACCCUCGUGCUUGAGCCCUUCACUCCCCGUUGACUUCAGCUGCUGCCGCAUCAAGAUCCACUGAACUUCCUCCCCCGAGUGUGUGGAUGGAGGCUCAGCCAUGCAUAGGCCUCCCCUGAGCGAGACCAUGAGGAACCUGCCGCCGUCUUGGAUCUUACCCACCGGUGCUCAGCCAUGUGUAACACCCAUGCUAUCUGAACUUGGUCUAUGGAUGAUGGGGUCCAGCUGUCAGCGUGUGAAGGAGAGAUACAGGAGAGAGUCGCAUGAGAGGGGAGGCAUCAAUCAGAAAUUGAGUUAGAAAUUGGAUUGGGAGUUUUCUCUUUCCAGCUUGUCCUUGGCGGCGACCAUCUCACGUCACAUGAUCUUGCCAGCGGCCACGAGAGAAUUUGUCCGAUGAGAGCUUGUUAUCUUCCUCACGUCCCGGUCCUCACCGCCGGUGGUCUCGGGGUUGUGGCAAUUGGUUAUCAGAGCUCGCAAUCCUCGGCUUCUUCUCUGCGUGCGCCAUUGGAUGACAUGGCAUUGCAGUUGGAGGAGGAGUCAUAGGUGACAAUGAACAGGAGUCUGGACUGGCUGCACACCACGGGUUGGAGCAAACCAACGACAACUCGUUUAAAGCAGAGAGACGUGACCGCAACAAGCGCUCAGAACAGAUGUGGCCAAGCCAUGGGGAGCGACAAGAGGUCGUGGUUGGGCGCCCUCAUCCUCCACUAUCACGAGGUGAGAUGAUUUCGAGGGAUGGUGGCAUCAAUUUGUUGCAGUAAGCAUAUGCUUUGUUGUCUGCCUCCGAGGUGUUUGUUGGAAUGCCACAAUAGGGGAGCAUGCACCUUUAUUUGAUACAAUGCCUUUUGAGGUUACAUGGGAUGAGGAGAUGUUGGAUGACAUUGAUACACAUGAGGGCCUAUUGCAGCAACUAGCCCUGGGUGUGGAUGGUGAGAACACAAAGGGUUUUGCACAUGUGUUGCUCGAUGGAAUGUCCAGCCAGGAUGUUGCACAGGAGGUGUGUGAAGAAAUCCUUGGCAAGGUUGUAUGGGACGAGGAAAUGCCAGCCGAGCUCGACAUGAACAACAAAAUUUUGCAACUGCUAGCUUCUGAUGGAGGGUACCCAGAUGAUGAGCAGGUUGUUGAUGGCUCCUUAGGAAUCAUGGAGUUUGGAUUGAUUGACGCAGACCAUGUUUUUGUGGAAGAGAUCGAUGAGGAUAGCAAAACAGUUUGCGAGGAAGGCAUGGAUGAUGAGCUAACUCUUGAGAGAAACACUCCUUUUCUCAUGGGAUUUUGUAUGGAUCAUGUGAAUGAGAUGCCAGUCAAUGUUGAUUCGCAUGAUGGCCUAUCACAGCAGUUAGCAAGUGGUAGGGAGUAUGUGUCUGAUGAGAAGAUGAAGCCUACUAUUGAGCUUGACUUCGGUCUUAGUCCACCUAUUAGUAUUCAAGAGGAGAUGGGUAUUGGAUCAUUUGUGAGGGUGCCAGAGCAAGGUCUUAUCCUGAAAAUUGGGAGACAUCGCUUUGGGCAGGGAAAUGGAACAAUCAUUGUAUUGGAAGAAAUGACAACUUUGCUGGAGUUGUACAAACUCAAGGACUUCUACUUAUUGGUCAUUGUUGCAAACAAGCUUGUGUAUAUGCCUCGCAAAGGGAUUGCAAAAGAUAUGUUAGAAGAACCAUUGAGAUAUUGGACCAAAUCACAUGCAGAUUGCUUAAUGAAGUCACAAACACCUAUGAGUUACGAGCUUUGCCAUGGAAAAUAGAGGACUGGGCAGGAACCUAAAGAAAUAUCACUAGAAAGUUAUGGAGCUAUUGACUGUAUGAAUUUGAAAAUAAGUAGCAUAGGAUGUGUGUUCAAAGAAUCACCACCAUGGAGAAGAAGUGCAUACUUGAUGAUCCGCCUGAUGGCCAGAAGUUGAAUUGUGCCAAUGGAAACAUGAUCAUUUGUGUAGGAAUGCAAGGAGUAAAGAGGCUGCAGCUUGUGUAUGUAGAAUUACAGCCUUGUAAGCAUAGUGUCUUUAGCACUGGCAUGAUUAGCAUAAAGGUGGAUUGCUUAUUGCUUGGCAACACGCAGUUGUGGGCUUAGGGUGGUUUCAGUCAAGGGAGCAAUGCCACUCACAUUGCGCUCAAGAAAAUACUAAUCAAAAGGGCAAGUCUAAUAGUGUGGGAAGAUUUAGUGCCACCUUAUUGCCACUCACAUAGAAGCAACUUGGUGAAGAUGCAAAUGUCCAAGGGCAAUGAGUGGAAAUAUAGUGCUUUCAGCUCAGGAGAAGUUGACCAGCAACCUGACCUACACAAGAACACAUAUGUUUCUACAAGGCAAUGGGAUCCUGGAGGAGUAAACAGUUUUCUCACAAGGUAUCUAAAUAAAUGCCAAACAGACAGUGAGCAGAAAGGAGUAUGCUUUGCAAGAAAUCAUGUUGCUUGGGGACAAGCAACUUUUCAGGCGGGCGGAAGUGUAACACCCAUGCUAUCUGAACUUGGUCUAUGGAUGGUGGGGCCCUACUGUUAGCAUGUGAAGGGGAGAUACAAGAGAGACUCGCAUGAGAGGGGAGGCAUCAAUCAGAAAUUGAACAGAAUUUGGAUCGGGAGUUUUCCCUUUCCUGCUUGUCCUCGGCGGCGACCAUCUCACAUCACGGCGAUCUCACUGGCAGCCAUAGGAGAAUUUAUCCGAUGAGAGCUUGUUAUCUUCCUCACAUCCCGGUCCUCACCGCUGUUGGUCUCGGGGUUGUUACACCAUGGAGGAUUGGAGGGUGCUGGCCCGAGCUCGACCAUGGAGGUGUUGUUUACUUGCUUGGUGAAGGUGGAAGAGGAAUACCUCAAGCUCGCCGAGGAGAUAGAGGAAGGAGGUACCGUGCUGGAUUUGAGAGGGAACAUCUGCUAUUUUGAUUUGGUGGCUAUGGCAAAUUAGGGAGAAUAUGAGCUCCGGCCUUGUCUUCUCUCUUAUAAAUAAUAUAUGGGUGCUUAGGAAAACAAUUAGAUAAGAUAUCAUCCUCAGUAUGUUUUACUACUCCCAAUGUUAGUGUUUUAUACCCGACAACCUACCGAGGGGUAU